AUGUCUGAAGGCAACAUAUCCGCCGAAAAAGGCCCAGAAACCAUGAUGACGGAAAAGGGGCAGCCAAUGACGGCGGACGAGCAGCGGCUGGCGCAGAUGGGCCACCAGCAGGAGCUGAAGCGCCACUUCACGGUGAUGUCGCUGAUCGGCCUGGCCUCGACCACGACGAUCUCGUGGACAGGCCUGGGGCUGUCGAUCGUGACGGAGAUCGAGGCCGGCGGCCCGGGCGCGAUCAUCUACGGCUUCAUAUUGGUGACCAUCCUGCAAUGCUUCCUGGGCGCGUCACUGGCCGAGUUUGUGUCCAGCUACCCGACCGAGGGCGGCAUGUACCACUGGAUCGCCGCGAUUUCACCGCCUCGACCGCGCAGCUUCCUCAGCUUUAUCACCGGCUGGCUGACCGUCUGUGGCUGGAUCUUCACCACGGCCUCGACCAACCUGAUCUACGCCGAGACCCUGUCAGCCCUUAUCGCCAUCUUUCACCCCCACCUGAACAUCCAUGUGUGGCAGACGUUUGUCAUCUACCAGGGCCUCAACCUGCUCACCGCGGCCGUCGUGCUCUGGGGAAACCGCGCCAUCCCGGCCCUCAACAAGUUCUCGCUCUUCUACCUGCAGAUCGGCUGGCUCGUCGUGCUUAUCACCGUCGUGGCCUGCGCACCCUCGUAUCGCGACUCGGCCUUUGUCUUCCGGACCUGGGUCAACGGCACCGGCUGGAAGAACAAUGCGAUCUGCUUCAUCACCGGCCUCGUCAACCCGCUCUAUAGCCUGGGCGGUCUUGAUGGCGUCACUCACAUCACGGAGGAGAUGCCGAACCCCUCGCGAAAUGCCCCCCUGGCUAUUGCCAUCACCCUGACCAUUGCCUUUGUCACCGGCCUGACCUACCUCAUCGCCCUUAUGUUUUGUGUGCAGGACUACGCCGCCCUGGGCGACACCAACAUGGUCCUGCCGCUGUCCGAGCUCUUCUACCAGGCCACCAGCUCACGUGGAGGCGCCUUUGGCCUGACCUUUAUCCUCUUCAUCGCCCUCGGCCCCUGUGUCAUCUCGUCCCAGCUGUCGACCAGCCGGGUCCUCUGGGCCUUUUCCCGCGAUCGCGCUAUGCCCUACAGCGGCUGGUGGUCCCGCGUGUCUGUCCGUCACGGCGUCCCCUUCAACGCCCAAUUGCUCGUCACUGCCGUCAAUGCCGCUCUGGGCUGUAUCUAUCUUGGCUCUUCCACCGCCUUUAACAGCAUGCUCGGCUCGGCCGUCACCAUCAACAACAUCGCCUACCUCAUCCCCAUCCUCACCAAUCUACUCACUGGCCGCCGCAACAUGUACCGCGGUGUCUUCUACAUGGGCCGCUGGGGCUUCCUCGUCAAUGGCAUCACUGUUGCCUGGCUCAUUUUCGCCAUCGUCUUCUUCAGCUUCCCCUACAGCAUGCCCGCCACGACCGAGAACAUGAACUACACCUGUGUCGUCGUGGGCGGGGUUCCCAUCCUCAUCCUCGCCUGGUGGGUUUUCGGCAGCAAGCAGUACAAAGCCAAGAUUGCCGUCGUUGCCGAACAAUAG